AUGUGAAAUUUGGAGCCGAGUGAGCAAAUAUUGAAAUAAUAUUUAAUUUAUAACGACGGACAGAAACAGAAACAAAUUAGGGCCUACAGCUACACGGACCACAUUUUUACAAACUUCAAAAUGAGACCAUUAACAGAAGACGAAACGAAACUUGUGUUUGAAAAGCUGUCCAAGUAUAUUGGGGAGAACAUCCGACUACUGAUUGACAGACCGGAUGGUGCAUACUGCUUCAGAUUACAUAGAGAACGAAUCUACUAUGUCAGCCAAGAUAUCAUGAAGCGAGCAGCCAGCGUGAGUAGAAAGCAGCUAGUCAGCAUGGGCACCUGUUUUGGAAAGCUUACAAAGUCGAUGAAAUUUCACCUCAACAUUACAGCAUUGGAUUUCCUGGCUCCCUAUGCAAAGUACAAGGUGUGGGUGAAGCCAGGCUCUGAGCAGUCCUUCUUGUACGGUAAUCACAUCUUGAAGUCUGGCUUGGGUCGUAUCACAGAGAAUGCAGGCCGGUAUCAGGGAGUGGUCAUCUACUCUAUGAGUGACAUCCCACUGGGCUUUGGUGUAGCAGCCAAGUCAACCCAGGAGUGUAGGCACGCAGACCCCAUGACGAUAGUUGUCUUCCACCAAGUGGACAUUGGACAGUACCUCAGGAAUGAAGAUACUUUGCUCUGAAUACUGCUGCAUCCUGCACAGAGACAAUUAAAACUUUAAGACAGAAACCUGAGUCAGUAGGUUUGGCUGCAUAAUAAUACCGGAGUCUUAUAUAGCGCACAUACAUGUAUCUACCAAUAAUUAGGUACUCAAGCCACUGGAAAUUAUGUCUAUUAUUAAAGAAAGGUAAAUGCAUGUAAAGUUUAUGAGAAAUAUGAGACCCAUUAUGUAGCACCUUAUAAUGGUUUUACAAGGUGCUGUGGCGCAUAUUGUAGCCACUGCCAGAAACACUGGGGCAAACCCCUUCUCUUAGCGAUAAGUGUUACUGGGUUCUUUAACGUGCAUUACACAACACACGGGACCUACGACUUUACGUCCCAUCGGAAGGACGAAGCAACAAUGGUAAAGUGCCUUGCUCAAGAGCACAAGCACCAUGUUCCCACGGUCAGGAUUGGAACCCAUGUACCAUGGCACAGGAGUCGAACACCGCAACCAUUGGACCAAAGCACCCCACGUGGCUGCAUGGGCGGAUCCAGAAGGCAGACUGGAGCAGUGCUGCAAGUUUAGCCAAUAACAAGACAAUUUUCAAAAAGGAGGCAGGGGGUGCGACCGUGUCAUCUUGGGUAGAGUGGUCACUGUGGAGUAGGCCGUGUCCGAAUCUCUUGUGUAGAGCUACAGUGGAACGCCGCUGUAACAAAUAUCGAGGGAUCCACAUAAAUAAUUAUCAUAACAGCAAUCGUUUGGGGUAGCCAUUUUAAGCUGCUGGUGCUCCAGUUCUCACUUUUCAAUAAAUAGCACCCUUCAGAACUUCACCCAGCAUGCCCUGGUAGUUACUGAAAGAUGACUUUGAACACGUGCCGACCAUUGAAUCGUGCAAGUACAGAAUUUGUGAGCUUACUACCCACACUACUGCCCUUCUAUUCCUUGGGGAAAUAGCAGCCGCUAGUCACUCCUCUGUUGACAUUUUUCAACAACAAUGUUCAGUACGUUUUGUACACAAAAAUCGGGAGCCGAGGAUGAUGUUCGGUAUAGCCGAAUGUUCCGUAUAGCGAUGUUCCACUCUAUUGUCUAAGUUUUCUCUUUUCAUAAUGUGUCAUCAAAUCAUUAAAGUUAUAAAUGGACACCAUUUUCGAAAACGUGUUUUUGCCGAUUCAUAAUCAAGGAACAAUACAACCGAUCUGAAGCUCAGUAGAUAUACUUUUUGAUAAUAUGAAAUUUUGUUCUCGACGUAAAGCAAGGUUUCCGUUGAAAGCGACCAAUCCAACCCACCCCCGGUGCGAAACGUUAUUUAAUUUACAUGUUUGAUUGCACUCUCUAAUGGAAUGAUCCCAAUAAAUAUAUCUAACUAAA